GGCUGGAGCCGCGUUUUCACACCAACUUUUUGUCCUAAGCGAUCCCUCUCUGUCCCUCCCCCCUCACGCAUGAAUUCCAUUUCACCUGUUAACGCGAUACAUUCAACCGUGACCUGUCAUUUUGGUGGAGGUGAUCAGGAAGGAUUGUUUCAAGUUGAAAAAGAAAGUGGGCAAAGAUACCGGAACAGAUACGCUGAGUGGCUUAAAAUACCACAAAGGGACCUCUAGGAAGAACUAUUCGAAUUGUUUUCUUUCGUCAGAAAAUCCCGAAGCGAUAGAUAUCAAGCAUACAGACACAUUUUCUUCGCAGCGAGAAGCCAUGCAAUCGUGUAGGCUAUAUUUACCAUUUUCUUUUUUUUAGUAGCCUAAUUAGGUUUGUUUUUAAACAAAGUUCUAGAGACACGGAUACUAGAGUUUUUGAUUUCUCAGGUCUCACAGAAACUCGAGGAUUGGAUUUGGCGGACAGCAAAAGCUCCAGUCAGGUAUGCCCCAGCACAAUAUGGACACAGGCAGGAGCCAAUGGGAGAGGAGCAGGCGCCUGCCUUGGAUUGACAGGGUCGUAGGGGGCCCAAGCCCCUCCUCCUCGGGGGCGGAGUCAGACACAGAGAGUAGCAGCACGGAGAGUGAGAGAUCUCACGGCAGACAUUUUGAGGCGGGCUCUGCAAGGGUCCUGACCUCGCCCUCCAUGCUGCGGCGGCGAAUCACCGAAAUCGAUCAGCAGAGGGAGGAGCUAAAGAUUGAACUGCAGCUGGAGGUGGCCCUGUUGCAGGGGGAGCUGCGGAUGGAGAAAGAGCAGCUGUGCAGACACACGCAGACGCUGCACAGUCUGCAGGAGGAGGCCAGACAGAGGGAGAGUUGCAGACUCGCCGAUAUCAGACAGGAGCGGGCCGGCCUGGAGGAGGAGCGCGCGCGCGUGGAGGAGCAGAGGAGGCGCUGCGAGGAGAAGGAGAGGCAGAUCCCCACGCAGCCGGAGAGCCAGCGGGAGCAGCUGCUCGUCCAGCUGCAGCAGGAGAAGGAAGCGCUGGACGCUGCAGUGCGGGCGUUCGAGGAUCGGGAGUUCCAGUUCCUGGAGCGAGAGAGCGGGAUCGAUGGUGGAGAAGAAGAGGAGGACAGCAGAGGGAGCACGGAGAGAGAGCUAUCCCGCCAGCAGCACUCCGUCAACUCUGCGCAGGAGCGAGUCCUUCAGCUGGAGAACCAGGUGAAGGAGAUGGAGAGAGAGAAGGAAAGAGAGAUGAACGCUCUCCGGCAAGAAAGGAGGGAGCUCCUCCACAGCUCACACAAGAUACUGAAGGAGAAAAAACCGCUCUCUGAUUGGUCGAACAUCACAGGAUCCGUCCCCUGCAUGAUGUCACUGUCCCCACUGACCAUUCACAAAGCAGGACAGGAAUCAACCAAGGAAACGGUCAGCUUGCCCAGAAGGCGGAGGUCACACCCCAGUAAACUAACAGACCGACCCCUGUCCGCACAAGGGCUGGUGAGAAUGUCGCCGGAUGGCCAGUUCCCGGAGGUGCUCCCCCCGCCCCUCCCCCUGUCUGUCCACCAGCACGGCUCCGCCCACAGCAACGGGCACAAACCCGGGCACUGCAACGGGAAGGGGCUGCUCUCGCCCUGCGACAGCACCAACAGCUCCCGAGCUGCGAGCCCCUGUCUGGGCCUGCCCGACCUGCUGGAGAUUGAGAGGAAGCUGAGGGAGGCUAAGGCAGAAAAAGAGAGGCUACUGAGAGACAGGGAGGAGAGGAGGAGGGCAGCAGAGGAGGACAGGAGACGGAGGGAGCAGGAUUCACUGAAAGAGGAGCCGACGGAACCUCCAACUAUGGCUACAGAACCUGAGCCAGAACCUGAAUUAGAACCAGAACCAGAACCAGAAGAACUUGAACACAGCCCAGUUCACUGCAGUUCAGAGCCUUUUCUCCCGCUCUCCCUCUCUGCGAACUUUGACCUCCGGGCUCAUGUGGAGUCCCUGGGCCACGGCGUGGCGGGGUGCAUGGGGGUGCGCCUGUCUCCACGGCGAUGCGGGGGCUUCCUGACGAAGCGCGGAGGGCGUGUGAAGACCUGGAGGCGGAGGUGGUUCCUGUUUGAUCUGGACCACCGCAGACUGGCCUACUACACUGAUCACGACGAGAGGAAGUUGAAAGGGGUCAUCUACUUCCAGGCCAUAGAGGAAGUGUACUACGAUCACUUGCGGACGGCCUCCAGCUCUCCCCGCCCCAGCCUGACGUUCUGCGUGAAGACGUACGAGCGUCUCUUCUUCCUGGUGGCCCCGAGCGCCGAGGCCAUGCGGAUCUGGAUGGACGUCAUCGUCACGGCAACGGACGAGCACUGCCGUUACUGAGGUCACGCGGCGCCUGAGCCGCCGAAGCCUGUCCGCCUGCCGCCGGCGGGAGGGGGGGACACAGGAAACGCUGCCAUAAUGGAUCCAGUGUUGGGCCGGCUGGUUUCGGGCUACACCUCGUCAGCAGACCCCUCUGUCUCUCAGCACCACCUUCUCCCAGAGGAGCUGCCUUUAACCUCAUCAGGACAGCAGACCCCCUCUCUCUCUCAGUACUGCCUUCUCCCAGAGGAGCUGCCUUUAACCUCAUCAGGACUCCUCCUGCAUAGUAGACCCCCUCUCUCUCUCAGUACUGCCUUCUCCCAGAGGAGCUGCCUUUAACCUCAUCAGGACUCCUCCUGCAUAGUAGACCCCCUCUCUCUCUCGGUACUGCCUUCUCCCAGAGGAGCUGCCUUUAACCUCACCAGGACUCCUCCUGCAUAGUAGACCCCCUCUCUCUCUCAGUACUGCCUUCUCCCAGAGGAGCUGCCUUUAACCUCAUCAGGACAGCAGACCCCCUCUCUCUCUCAGUACUGCCUUCUCCCAGAGGAGCUGCCUUUAACCUCAUCAGGACUCCUCCUGCAUAGUAGACCCCCUCUCUCUCUCAGUACUGCCUUCUCCCAGAGGAGCUGCCUUUAACCUCACCAGGACUCCUGCAUAGUAGACCCCCUCUCUCUCUCAGUACCGCCUUCUCCCAGAGGAGCUGCCUUUAACCUCAUCAGGACUCCUCCUGCAUAGUAGACCCCCUCUCUCUCUCAGUACUGCCUUCUCCCAGAGGAGCUGCCUUUAACCUCAUCAGGACUCCUGCCAUAGUAGACCCCCUCUCUCUCUCAUACUGCCUUCUCCCAGAGGAACUGUGUUUAACCCUGUCAGGACAGCAGACCCCCCCCCCCCCCCCCCACCCAGCACCGCCUUGUCCUGCACAGCCGGCUGGAAGCCGUGGGACCAGUAUUACGGGCUGGGCCCGCUGACCUUGCGGAACAAUUGUGUGGAAGAGGGGCGGGGAUGAAAUGGGAAAUUUGGCACCAUUACAAACUGAACUACAGAAUAACUAACCUGUAUGCAAGGCCCGUAUGCAAGCAGGAAGCAGCAGAGACAGACUUCUAUUCCCUGUGUUUUACCUCCAUCUUGUGGUCACCUAGUGGUACAUAUGUGUCAUACAGAAAGGCAGAUUGGUUCAAUCUAUUUUUCACUGUAGGUCAAAAGGGUUUUUCAAAUGUAUUAAAUACAGGUUUUGAUAAUGGAUAUGAACAUCUUGUUUAAAUAUGUAUUAUUAUUAUUAUUAUUAUUAUUAUUGUGUGACAAUUACAAUUCAGCAGAAAAUAGUUUCUUAGUGUAAUUAGAUUUUUGUUUACAUUUUUUUCCCAUCAUCAGUCUCUGAGUCUUGCCCCCCCUCUCCGUCUUAGCAGGUUUUUUCUUUGCGGUGAAAGAUUUGCUGCCGUCGUGAUUUGCCAUACACAGCUGGACAGGGGUUCAAGACCCCUGUCUGUCUGACCCCCUGUCUGUCUGACCUGCGUAUCUCUGCUGACUGCACAGCUGCUGGUAUCCUGUCUGUCAUGGAGUGACGCGGCUGUGGGAGACUCUCAUUCACACUCACCACUAAUAAGCUUUGUUGGAAAUACGAAAGAAGCUUUUGUGUCAGCGAUGUGCCAUUCAUUUGAAAGGAAUAAAUAAAAGUGUCCUUUUACUAAA